UUUGAGGAGGCUUGUGCAACGAAGGAAAAAAUCCAAGAAGUCAACAUUGAAGAUAUGGGUGUUAAUCGAGAGUCAGAAAAACCUGAAAUGGAAAAUCAACAUCAUAGAAAUGUGGUAUUUCAAGAUUGUAAAAAAGAGCAAGUACACAAAACAAAAGAUCCAACCAAUGAUGUUAAAACCCCCAACACAGAAACUAGGGAGGGCUGCUUAAUUAAAUAUCAUGUGUCUACUACACCACACUUGCAAAGUGUAAAAAAGAAAACGCAGUUUGACGAAAUAAAUUCUACAUUCAAAGAGCUCAAGUUUCUAACACCAGUUGGAUGUUCUCAGCGACUUCAAGACAAGACUUCUAAAUUGCCCGACGUGUUAAAAGACCAUUAUCCUUGUGUGUCUUCAUUGGAACAGUUAACAGAGUUGGGGGACGGAACUGAUGCUUUUAUAUGCCGCCCCAAUGCAGCACUGUGCCGGAUGUAUUUGGACACUGAGACAACAGAAGAGAAAUAAAGCUAU